AUGCUGUCCCGAACAAUCUGGCCAUUGUCGAAAAAUGCACAACCGGCGAAUGCAUUGCUAUACAGCGAUAAUCUCGACUCCAUGGCUCGUCCUGAGCUCGUUGAUCAUUCCUAUAUUGACAAUCAAGUUCUCUACAAGUUAACCAUUUGCCAACUCGGACUAUGUGCUUUCCGUCACGGAUCCAUACGCGAAGCUCAUCAAGGACUUUCCAGGAUUCAAAACACUCACAGUGCCAAAGAAUUGUUCGCUCAAGCUUUUGGAUCUCGUCAACAUGAAACACAGCCGAACAAGAGGAGAUCGAUUGUUCCCGCGUGGUUCCUUAUCACAUGCACAUCAAUGUCGAACUUAUGGAAUGUGUCUUUUUGA